UGUUUCCCUCCAUCUCCGCUUCUCUCCUUCAGUGCUCGGACGUUGCGUUGAGGUGCGGAUCCGAGUCCCACUCUUGGGGAAAUUUGAGGAAAGUCAGACGACGUAUACAUCUUCUCCGGAACAGCAUAUAAGACUGUUUUAACCCGUGACAACACACGCUUUCACCGCCUUUGUGCAGUUGCUUUGAAAACUCAAGUAAAAUGGAUCCAAUGACUCAAUCCGCCCAGAUAUCAUCGUCGCAAGGGUUUGCCGAUGGACAAAAUUCCGCUGCCAAAGAAUCAAAGCUAUCCGAUUCCUUUCUUUCCUCUUCGCCUGUAUCUCUCAUUCAGUCUCCUCAAGACAAAAGGGUAGUCCUGGGCUCCGAGAAGCCCUGUGAGGGUGUAGCAACAUCCCUUCGCUUUCCUUCUCAACCUGGCUCUUUCUCACCUGGAAAUUAUGGAAGUCAAGCAGGACCAUCAGAUGACCAACCAGACUCACCCAUAAAGACGUCUCCUGUCUCAGAACGAAUCAAGGCAUUGGAAGCUCUUGCAGCAAAAAAAAAGGAGCCUGACUUCCGAAGCGAUGGAGGUUUUUCUCACUAUAGAGAUCGACAUCAUGAGAAAUUUUCCUCUGAGACCCCAAAAAUUUCCAAUGAAACUCACAAGAUUUCACUGAGUGUUGAGAAAAGAGGGGGCUCUACCGAUCUUGACUCCCCUGAAUCUCCCUUUGAGGUUCUUGGAGAUUUAAGACAAGUGAAUGAAUUUGAAGAAACAGAGGAGUGGAUGAAGACCCAUUUACCUCCAGUUCCAGACUUCGAUCCUGUACAUUUAAUCAAAGGAUCCUCAGUUUCAGCAAGUGUUCCCUCAAAAGAAGCAAAGGAGGCUGAUAUUAUUAUCCCUGAUGCUCCAGAGGCUUUUGCUGGUGUCCCUGAUGCUUUCAUGGACUCUCCUGCUGCAGCACAAAAACUGAAGGAUGACUUAAUUGAUCCACAGAAUCAGCCAAGUGCUGAGGAGGAUUUUGACCUUAGUUUUUUGCCAACAGCCUACGUGUGGGAUCAGCAGGAUAAAUCUGGUCAGCAUCCAACCAAUCCUGAUCAAAUAGUUCCUGCUUCACCUGCUCCUCCUGCAGGCUUUGGAUCCCCAUCUCCUCCUGCUUCCCCACUUGUGGACAAGGAGUCGAAACAGAAUUUGGAUGACCAGAAGAGCAUUUUGACUGGAGAUCUAGAGCCUCCAGAAGCAAGUGAGGUUGACAGCUCAGGGGAGUCAGAUGAUACUGUUAUUGAAGAUGGUGUCACGGUUUCUGCCUCAGUUCCUUCUCCACCUUCUGAUGCAGUAGUUUCGAAUGAUCACACCACCACGUCAGCCUCCUCUGCUUCAAAUCCUCCCACAGAAGUAAAGGAAGCAUCAUCAGCAAAGUCUGAGAGGAAGCUAAUGCAGGUUCCAACAAUCAAUGUUAUUGAGACUGAUGAGCCAAAUUACAGUGAUGAGGAGAUGGAAAUGGAGCUUGAACCAGAAGAAGAUGAUGAUUACGAGGUUGUAAAGGACCCAUCUAAAAAGACUGCAGACACAGCAGAACCAGUACCAGAUGAUGGAAAAGCCGAACCACCCAAGACACGGCCCUUAGAAACAGAAUUCAUGGAAGGAUACUCGCCUCCCUCCUCACCUGUGGACUCUGAUGUAGAAUAUUCUCCAAAACACAAGAUGCCAAGAUCUCAACCUGAAGCAGACCUGGAGUCGACUUCGAAACUAGAAUCUCAAUCCAGUCCAACUGUUUCACAUGACUCAACAAAUGAAUUUUUCAGAACACAAACUGAGGAACUUCCAAAUACUGUCACAAAAAUGAAAGAGCCUUCAUCCAUUCCUGUCAACGAAGAUGUGGACUUUCCAGACAAUGAUGAUGAAUGGUCAGAUGAGGCACAAGAUAUUUUGGUUAAACCCUCCAACCCCAUCCCAAAUCCAUACAACCUGUCCAACAUGGAUGAAAAGAUUACUACACCUGGGAAAGAAGCAUGUACUGAGGCUGUUAAAACUAGCUUUAUGCAAGAUGAUAUAUAUGACAGACAAUCAUUUGAUUAUGAUUAUGAUGGAGUCUCUUCCUUGGAUGACAUUGAUGAAAGAGAGUCAUAUAACCCAAAGGACCAGCUUCCUCCAGAUCCUUAUCAAAUCCACAAUGAAGCAAGCAGCAGACAACAAAAUCUGGACAAAUUCACUUCACAGAACGAUGACGGGGUUGAUCAACCUGUUUCAAAAGUAUAUCCGCAAGACCCAUAUUCCUCAUUCCGAAGUGAGCCAUUGAGCAACAUCAAGGAGACGAAGGAGAAGAAAACUGACAUUGACAAAAAUAGUAACUCCAUUCUAACACAAGAAAUUAAGUCACAGGUCCAGAAGAACACACAAUUAUCUGACCUCAUGUGUGACACAACCACCAACCAAGAAACCAUUGAGUCUCUGUCUGGACCAACAGACAGCUUUGUGGAGUUCAUGCGAGAGUGUCUGAAAUCACGGCAGGAUGAAGACGCUGAGAACAUGGAGCAUGAUAUUUCUCAAAAGAGUGACUUCUCAAAAACCACUGUCCAGUCCCCUCCAACCAUGGUGAUGGAUCUUGAGCAGGAACAGCUCACAAUCAGUGCUCUCAAAGAGUUGGGUAGCAGUCAAGAGGAGGAGGAGGAGGAGGCAGACAAAGCAGGCCCCGAUGCUGGAUCCAUACAGCAGUCUUCCAGUACCUCAGUUCCUAACCCUCCAUGCACCCAGAGCAAUGUUACAUUCGACAACACAUAUUCCAGAGAGGUAGAAGUCAUCGAUGAAUUGGUGGCAGAAGCGUAUCAUCUUGCUGAGCAUGUCUUGACAGCAAUACUAACCCACUUAUCAGUCAAGGACCUGAUCCACUGGCGGGACCCCAAGAAGUCGGGCGUGGUGUUCGGUCUGACGAUGCUGUUGCUGCUGUCGCUGGCAGCCUUCAGCGUCAUCAGCGUGGUGUCCUACCUGCUGCUGGCCCUGCUUUGCGUCACCAUCACCUUCCGCAUCUACAAGUCUGUCGUCCAGGCCGUGCAGAAGUCCAGUGAGGGACAUCCCUUCAAAGCGCUGAUAGAUAAGGAUGUCAGCAUCCCACCAGAGACUUUCCGCAAGCACGUGGACGCCAGUCUGACCUACAUCAACCGAGCACUGAAGCAGAUGAGCCGCCUCUUCCUGGUCGAGGACCUCGUGGACUCCCUAAAGCUGGCUGUGGUCAUGUGGCUUCUGACCUACGUAGGAGCCGUCUUCAAUGGAAUCACCAUCCUCAUCCUCGCUGACAUCCUCCUCUUUGCUGUGCCUCCCAUCUACGAGAAGAACAAGACCCAGAUUGAUCAGUAUAUUGAUCUGGUGCGUACUCAAGUCAACACCACAAUUGCAAAGUUGCAAGAGAAACUUCCUGGAGCUGUGAAGCGCAGCAAAGCUGAAUGAUCCACCGCCUCGCAUUAGAAACCUCCUCAUCACCAUCAUCCUCAUUUACAUCACCAUCUUAAGCCCCUUUACCUCCCCCUCUCUCUAUUAAACCCCGCCCCCAGUCUAACUCCUCCCCUACUCCAUCAUCCAACAAACAUCAUCCUAUUACACUGAACCUUGCUAGGUAGAAAAUCUGAGCUACUCUAUUCAAAACUACUGCGCAGCUUAACUUGCAAGCAUUAGAAAAGAACUGUGCCUGUGCAGACAGGAAGCGCGUCGCUAGCGAGGAAGUGAUGUAACGCCGCGGCUGACCCCGCCUGUCUGUGGGCGCCCCACGGGGGAAUGGAGGCAGGGUCGAGUGAACUAGACUGAAUCUAUGACCUGGUUUCAUCUGCGAGCAGGGGGUGGAUGAUGGCUGUUUGUCACACAAAAGCAAAUGUCUGUACUUAAAAACACACGUUUCCUGAAGGUAGACAGAUAACUUAAGCUGGAAAGAAAAGGAAAAAUGUUUAAAAAGAAAAAAAAAAAAGAAUAAACCAACCUUUUGGGUGUUUUGUGGCUAAGCUUAUCCUGCUCUCUUGCUCUACAGCUGUUGGUUAAAUCUAGGUUAAUGUUGGAAGCCGGGAAUGGGCUGUUACUGAUUGGCCUGUUUGUUGAGUUUGUUUUCAUUCACCUUUACAGGCACUUGUAUAUGUAAGUUUCUGCAAUGCACUGAACUUUUGUUUUUUUAAACCCAUGAGCAGGUUGAAAUAAAAGGAUUGGAACUCUGAGCCAGCUGUGAUAAUUUGGUCUAGUUCACCCUCUUUUGAUCAGAUGCAUUUUUUGACCAGUUUUCUGUAUGUAAAUACACCUUCUAACAGGCUCUCUCUGCUGUGUGGAACACAUUAGCCUCGCUUUUUAUAUGGAAGGACAGUUCCCUCCCGUACAGCAGUCCUGACUCCUUCUGUCGCACCUGUUCAAGCCACACAGUGUUGAUGUGUCACAUUCACCUGUACAUUUUGAUUCUACUUCUCACUACUUAUUACUAUUAUUAAUAUUAAUUAUAGGACAGCUGCUUUGACUCCCUACUAGCUUGGCAUCGUUAGCGUCACUGAGCUUCAUAAUGUAAAUCUGGAGGGUUUUUUUACACUCCUCCUGGGAAUUAAAGUCCUGUUUGUUUGUGAUAAGUUAAGAGACGCACUCCCUGAUGUGUUUUCACACCCCUAAAUCUAAAACAUCCACAUCUGAUCCUCUGGAGAUCAUCUACAAACGGCUCCAGUGUCUGAUUGUAAUAAAUCACUAAAUAACUAUCAGACUUGAGCCACAUUUGACUUAUUUUCUGCCUUGAAAUUAGUUGACUUUUUAAAUGGAAUCACAAAU